AUGUCGCAUCACACGGAGAUGGCUGGAAUUGUUGGAAAUUCUACCGGUGGGUUUGAAGAUGGCGGGCACGAGGGACCGGGAGACAAUCAAGACGACGUUACCAACUAUGUGGUCAAAUAUGUCAUGCUAGCUUUCUCCGCGUUCGUGGCUGUGUUCGGCAACGGUGCGACUAUAGUGGCGUUUCUCUACGACCGUGGACUGCGGGAGAAGCCCAGCAACAUGCUGAUCCUCGCUCUAUCCUGCUCGGACCUGUGCGUGGGUCUCAUCAUCACAUCGGGCACGCUGGGGACUUUCCUCAGCUCAAACUGGUCUCUGGGAGAGAUAGGCUGUCGUAUUUUUGUCAGCAUUGGCAAUCUGAUUGUGCCGUUGGGGCCGCUCCUGGUUGCCGCUAUCUGCUUUGACCGUUACCUACUUGUUUCCCGGGAUUACCCGCGGUACUUGGCCAUCCAGACACGCCGCUCAGUCAACCUAACGAUCGCCCUGUGCUGGUUGCUGACUGCAGUCCUAUGCGUGACGGAGAACAUACUCUGGAACCUUAGUCCAGCAGACCCAGACAUCGACUACACCAUGUAUUGCCUGUCUCCCAACACCAACAACCUACAGUACAACCAGUUCAGUAACAUCGUCUACGUCCUGAUACCAUUCACCUUCGUGACGGGGUGCAGCGUGCGAUUCCUGGUGCUUCUGAGGAAGAAACUAAGGGGUCACCGACGGGUUGGCCCACGUACCAUCAGUGCUCGGGUACGGUGGACCUUGGCCACGCGGCAACACCCUUCCACCGAGUUUCUCUCCCAGAUGUCUGUCGGUAAGAUCAACGAGCCCUCCACUUUAAUCGCUCGCAGGGACGACACGAGCUCGGAAACUCGACUGAGUCCUCCUUUCCACGCCUUUGACUCGCCAGAUGUGGACACCCGGUCCCAGCUACUCAGAAGCCGGUAUAUCCGGCCUACUAUCACCGUCAUCUGCCUGGUAGCGGCACUAGCCGUAUGCUAUCUCCCUUAUUGCAUCUACUUCUUAUUUAUCGUGUCUUUCUGUCCAACCUGCAGUAGCCCAACCCUUUUUUCCACAUUCCACCUGCUGCGGCUCUUCAACUCCUGUCUGGACCCGAUACUGUAUGCCGCCACGCAGCGUCGCAUCAGGGCCUUCUAUGGGAAACAUCUAAGGCGAAUUGGGAGACUUACCCGCUCCGCUAUCAGGCAGCGAUUUCAAACAUGA